UCGGACCUGGUAAUGAAUUCAGAUGCGAGGUGACCGGCAUGCCGAAUAUUUUCAAGCCGAACCAGCGAUUUCUUACCCCAGCACGAUGCGGAACGUCGACGUCGGAGUCGAAGCCAUCAGACGACGAGACACUCAAGGAAGAUGAGGCUGCCGAGCAGAUAGAAGAGCUCAAUGGUUAAGGGGCCCACGAUGCCUAACCGACUCGCAGCUGUAUUUCUUCUCCACGUUCUGUACGCGCCCAUUGCCACGGGGUUCGUGCCGGACUUUCUUCACCCCUUGGAGAACGUGACGAUCUCGCAGGGACGGGACGCGACCUUCACCUGUGUGGUUAAUAACCUGGGUGGAAACCGGGUGAGUUCUUCCGCUUCUGCGGGUGGCGAUCACGGUGCAGGCGCCAAGGCCCGGGUGGCGUGGAUAAAGGCCGACACCAAGGCGAUCCUGGCCAUUCACGAACACGUUAUAACGAACAACGCGAGACUCUCGGUGACCCACAACGACUACAACACCUGGACCCUGAACAUCCGAGGUGCUCGAAGAGAGGACAGAGGCGUCUACAUGUGUCAGGUCAACACGAACCCAAUGAAGAGUCAGAGCGCCUACCUCGAGGUCGUCAUUCCGCCGGACAUCGUCUACGAGGAGACAAGCGGCGACCUGAUGGUGCCCGAGGGUGGAUCGGCUAAACUGAUAUGCAAGGCUCGGGGUUACCCGAAGCCCAAAAUCACCUGGAAACGGGAGGACGAGACUGAGAUUAUAACGAGGAGUGGUGCGUCGGGGAAAACGAGAAUGCAAUCGGCCGAAGGCGAAGUCCUCACCCUGACCAAGGUGACUCGGAGUGAAAUGGGCGCUUAUCUCUGCAUAGCUGCAAACGGGGUUCCACCCUCCGUCAGCAAACGCAUCAUGCUGCACGUUCAUUUUCAUCCGAUGGUCCAAGUCCCAAAUCAAUUGGUCGGGGCUCCGCCAGGAACUGAUGUCACCCUCUUGUGUCAAGUCGAAGCCUCGCCGAAGGCGAUAAACUACUGGACAAGAGAAAGCGGCGAGAUGAUAAUCAGCAACAGUAAAUACACGAUGACGGAGAGUUCAACGUCGGUUUACAGCGUGCGGAUGAGUCUUGUGAUAAGAAAUCUGAACAAGCAGGAUUUAGGCGGUUACAAAUGCAUCUCAAAAAAUUCUAUAGGGGAUGCAGAAAACAGUAUUCGUCUCUACGACAUGGAGCUGCCGAAGCACCCUAAAAAGCACGGAGACCGGGGAGAAAUGGAGGACGCCUCGGACCUCAGCAACGAGCGGGAUCACAGACUGAAUCACGUCUUCCAGGGUUCGUUGAGGGAAACUGGCUCGACGAUGGAGUCGCCCGAGGACGAGGAUUACACGACGGGGGCAGGAGCCGUGAGAGAAAGGCUAGGACCUCCAGUAAUCGUCAGCAUUUUAUUAGUGUCCUCGUUACUAUCCUCGAUCCUGAUGUGCCAGCGGGUCUAAUCGAUAUAGCAAAGCAAUCUUUUUUCACUCGUUGAAUUUAGUUUCUAUCGGUAUAUUACUGUCUAAGUAUAAUCGAUGGUUAAUAAGUGAAUUCGCGAAGGAG